GGAGAGGAGCGGGAGGGAGCGAGGGAGAAAGACACACGCACGCAGAGACACACGGUCACUGGAAUUCCAUUAGAAAAAGUGAGCCGAGCAAGGGUUAGCGGGAGAAGAUUUUUUUGAAUCUUGUCUUCGUCUUGGUGCGAAAGAAGCCACUCUGGUCUGUCAUCCUCGAAGCUCCGGCUGGAUUGUUCCUCGGCGCAAACCCCCGUCGGUGGAUUUCUUUCCUAUUUGCGUUUAUUCUCACCCCUCUCUCGCCGCUUCCUUCCAGCCCUUCACUCGCAAGUCGCCUCUGUCCCCAACCUCCCCAGGCCCCUCCUGGGAAGCGCAGGGGAGUGGGACCCGCGGGGACUUGCGCCUUCCCGGACGCGCGGAGGGGAGGGCUGAGCUCGGGACCGGGCUGCUUAGAAGCAGAUACACACAGCUACGUGGACCGGGGGCGGCGAGAGGCAGCCCACCGCCCUCCUUCUACCCCACCCCUCCAGCCAGAGGCGAGAGUCGCAGGACUCAGGAUCUUCACCGGGUGGACUAGCUGGGAUCUCCGCAUUGGAUUUGGGGCUGAAUAUCCCUGCUUGGCUGUUAUUAUUUUUCUUGUUAUUAUUAUUUUUUACCCAAGGGAGGAAGACAAAAAAACUGUGGGAUUUAUUUAACAUGAUCUUGGCAAACGCCUUCUGCCUCUUCUUCUUUUUAGACGAGACCCUCCGCUCUUUGGCCAGCCCUUCCUCCCUGCAGGGCCCCGAGCUCCACGGCUGGCGCCCCCCAGUGGACUGUGUCCGGGCCAAUGAGCUGUGCGCGGCCGAAUCCAACUGCAGCUCACGCUACCGCACGCUGCGGCAGUGCCUGGCAGGCCGGGACCGCAACACCAUGCUGGCCAACAAGGAGUGCCAGGCGGCCCUGGAGGUCCUGCAGGAGAGCCCGCUGUACGACUGCCGCUGCAAGCGGGGCAUGAAGAAGGAGCUGCAGUGCUUGCAGAUCUACUGGAGCAUCCACCUGGGGCUGACUGAGGGUGAGGAGUUUUAUGAAGCUUCACCCUACGAGCCCGUGACCUCCCGCCUGUCGGACAUCUUCAGGCUCGCUUCAAUCUUCUCAGGGACAGGGGCAGACCCGGUGGUCAGCACCAGGAGCAACCACUGCCUGGAUGCUGCCAAGGCCUGCAACCUGAACGACAACUGCAAGAAGCUGCGCUCUUCCUACAUCUCCAUCUGCAACCGCGAGAUCUCGCCCACUGAGCGCUGUAACCGCCGCAAGUGCCACAAGGCCCUGCGGCAGUUCUUCGACCGGGUGCCCAGCGAGUACACCUACCGCAUGCUCUUCUGCUCCUGCCAAGACCAGGCGUGCGCCGAGCGCCGCCGGCAAACCAUCCUGCCCAGAUGCUCCUACGAGGACAAGGAGAAGCCCAACUGCCUGGACCUCCGCAGUGUGUGCCGGACUGACCACCUGUGCCGGUCCCGGCUGGCGGACUUCCACGCCAAUUGUCGAGCCUCUUACCAGACGGUCACCAGCUGCCCUGCGGACAAUUACCAGGCGUGUCUGGGCUCGUACGCCGGCAUGAUCGGGUUUGACAUGACACCCAACUACGUGGACUCCAGCCCCACUGGCAUCGUGGUGUCGCCCUGGUGCAGCUGUCGGGGCAGUGGGAACAUGGAGGAGGAGUGUGAGAAGUUCCUCAGGGACUUCACUGAGAACCCGUGCCUCCGGAACGCCAUCCAGGCCUUUGGCAAUGGCACAGAUGUGAACGUGUCCCCUAAGGGCUCCUCGUUCCAGGCCACCCAGUCCCCUCGGGUGGAAAAGGCUCCUUCUUUGCCAGAUGACCUCAAUGACAGCACCAGCUUGGGGACCAGUGUCAUCACCACCUGCACGUCUGUCCAGGAGCAGGGGCUGAAGGCCAACAGCUCCAAAGAGUUAAGCAUGUGCUUCACGGAGCUCACGACGAACAUCAUCCCAGGGAGCAACAAGGUGAUCAGACCUAACUCAGGCCCCAGCAGAGCCAGACCGUCGGCUGCCUUCACUGCCAUCUCCCUCCUGAUGGUCAUACUGGCCUUGUAGGUCCGGGGACGUGUCGGGAGAUUUCCGAAAGCUACACAGACGAGAACACCCGCCUGACAAAAUGGAAACACACACAGACACACACACACACCUUGCAAAAAAUAAGUUUUUUUCCCACCUUGUUGCCGAACCUGUCUCCUCCCAGGUUUCUUCUCUGGAGAAGUUUUUCUAAACCAAACAGACAAGCAGGUGGGCAGCCUGAGAGCCAGCCCAGGGGCCCCCUGGCAAGGGACACCCGGCGCCGAGUGGGGCACGAGGCUCUGGGAAUGCCCUUCUUUCUCUCCUGGUGUUUUCCUCUCGGACCCUUCUGAAGCAGAGCCCAAGACGACAGCCCUGCAGCCGGAGGGACUCGUGGCUGUACCCGGGGCUGGCUGGGGCAGAACGUCGCAGCUGCUUUCUCAAGCCGCCCACUCUGGGGACCUGCCGCUGGCAGAAGGCAUCUGUCAGCGAGGCGGCAGGGCUGGCCCCGGGGGGCCAGCCGGGCACGUUCUGCCCCUCCUCUUGGCUUCAAGGCUGGAGAUGGUCCCGCCCUUGCUCUCUGCCCUGGGGCAGGCCUGGUGGGUCUGCAUCUGGUGUGGGGACGCCAUGGAUGCCCGUGAAGGGGGUGGCGCCGUGCUGGGCUCCCCUGACUGCAGGGGAACUAGGGCCAGCUCCGAGAGGGCUUGGGGAGCCCAGCUCGCCUGGGAGACCCCCUUGUGGGGAAGGAGCAAAACUUGGGCACCAACUUCUUCCUUGGUAGCAGGAAUUUUGAGGUCAAAGAGAAAUGGUACUUUGUUGGUUUUUUUUGUUUCUCGUGGGUCUGUUUGGCGGGUCUCCCUUGGGGCGGGGGGCUAGAGGGACCACGGUGUGACACGCACGUGUAGCACUCUGGUCUCAAGCUCUGUCCUUCUCUCCUCUGUCCCUCUUCCCUUCCACGUUCUCUUUCCUCAUUUCCGAGACAUACGUCCACUGUACGUACAUACCAAGGCUCCUUUCCCGACAUAUAUACAUAUAUUGUGUGGUUUCCCCUUUCUUUCCUUUUUUUAAGAAACAGAACUAUGGAAAUUAUACCCCAACAGAUGAGCGAAAAUGUAUUAUUGUAAAGUUUAUUUUUUUUAAUAAUGUUGUCUAUAAUGGGAACAAAAGGAAGUCGACCCCCGGAGUCCGGCUCCAGUUGGGCCGACUGGGCUCCGGCCAGGGUUCCUGUCGCGUCGCCCUUAAGCAAGGCUCCAAUAAACGUACUAGGAAGCA